GAGCCCAGGUGGAUCUGUUUGCGAUGCAGGAGACGUCGCACUGUCCCCUUUGGUUCUCUCUGAUUCAUCCAGCUCCUCUUGGACUGGAUGCCAUGGUACAGCCGUGGCCGAGGCUGCGUCUGUACGCCUUUCCUCCGGUCGCUCUGCUCCCGGGAGUUCUGGAGAGAGUGCGUCGGGACGGAAUUCGUCUACUGUUAGUAGCCCCGUUCUGGCCGGGCCGAGUAUGGUUCUCGGACCUGAUUUCCCUCCUAGACGGCUCCGCAUGGGAGAUUCCGAUCAGGAGGGAUCUCCUCUCACAGGCGGGGGGCCAUCUUCACCCCCGCCCGGAGCUGUGGAAGCUGUGGGUGUGGCCUCUGAGGGGGCACAACUCCGCGCUUCCGGUCUCUCAACCGAGGUUGUGGAGACCAUCCUCCAGUCCAGAGCUCCCUCUACGAGGAAACUGUACGCCCUGAAGUGGAAGCUUUUCACUUCCUGGUGCGGAGACCGCCGGCUUGACCCUGUUCACUGCCCAGUUGGUACAGUGCUGGAGUUCUUGCAGGCCCGCCUCUCCACGGGACUGACCCACUCCACCCUGAAGGUGUACGUGGCGGCUAUUGCGGCCUGCCACGCCCCUCUCGAUGGCCAGUCAGUGGGCAGGCACCCCUGGGUGACACGUUUCCUCCGCGGUGCGCUGAGGAUCAGACCUCCAGCUCGAUCUCGGGUCCCCUCGUGGGACCUGGCCGUGGUUUUAGAGGCUCUCUGCAAACCCCCCUUCGAGCCCAUAGAGGAGAUUUCGGACCGUCUUCUGACGUUGAAAACUGCCUUUCUCUUGGCAAUUUCCUCUCUUAGGAGAGUGGGGGAUCUUCAGGCCCUCUCGGUGGCCCCUUCCUAUUUAGACUUUGCGCCUGGUUUGGCCAAAGCAUUCUUGUACCCCCGAGCGGGGUACGUACCGAAAGUCCCCUCCUCGGCACCACGGCCGGUCGUGCUGCAGGCUUUCUGUCCUCCUCCCUUUAGGGAGCCCGACCAUCGGAAGCUCAAUUGUACGUGUCCAGUGCGAGCACUGGACGCGUACGUCCACAGAACUGCCCUGUGGAGAAAGGCGGACCAGUUGCUUGUUUGCUUUGGUCCCCCUAAGAGGGGUUUUCCUGCUUCUAAGCAGACCCUCAGCCGGUGGAUUGUAGAAUCCAUUUCUCUGGCUUUCAAGUCCUCUGGUCUCCCCAGUCCCCUGGGGGUCAAGGCUCACUCUACCCGAGCGGUGGCGGCCUCUAAGGCCUUUCUGACAGGUGUGUCCUUACAGGACAUCUGCAACGCGGCGGGAUGGUCCACGCCCCUGACCUUUGCCAGGUUUUAUGACCUAGAUACCCGAGCCGUGGGGAUACACAAGGUCUGUGUUGUCUGCUUGGGAGUGGAGCACGCACAGUCAGCUCUCGAGGGAGCCAACUGCCCGCAUUGCGGACGUUUGCCGCUGCAUGUGCUCCACUCCCGGAAGGCUCUUUUUGAGAAGGGAGCCUUCACCAGCGUUCCUCGCGGUGCUGGCCCUGUUUCUGCCGAGGCAGAGCGGCGGCUGCACUCAUGGGGAUCGCAGUUGGAUUUGGUGGAGGGAAUGGAGAUGGGCCAGCCCCUAUCUUCUUCCUCACCCACCAGAUACACUGCCCGCUCUCUGGGAUCGGAAGCCUGCGCGGCUUCUUCCCCCCGGGGAGAGGGCUCGACGCGCCUCCUGUCUUCCUCUGAGGAGGUUGAUGUGGCGGGCGUCGAUGAGGAUUCGCCCCCUCAAUUUCCCCAGUAUGAGGAGCUCUUCGAGGUGGUUACUCGUGCUGUGGCCCAGCUGAAUAUUGACUGGCCUGCCGAGAAACAGGCUGAACUGCAGACAAGCAGGCUGGAUGAACGCUUUCAGCGGAGUAAGCCGCCACCUCCACGCCGGAGCCUACCUUUGUUCCCCGACCUCCACACCAAGGUGUCUAGGUCGUGGGGGAGGCUAUACUCGGCCCAUAUCUUCAGUCCCGCCUCCAGCUAUUAUGCUAAUGUGGUGGGGCUGAGUGAGCAUGGUUACAGGGCGAUGCCCCGGGUUGAACAGACGCUGGCUAGCUAUCUGUCCACUGGCACGGCGUCGUCCCUGAAGGCUCCGGCAUUGCCCUCCAAGCCGCUACAGACCAGCUCAGCGCUAGUGGGCAAAGGGUACACGGCAGCAGGCCAGGCUUGCGCUUGCCUGCACACCAUGGCGCUGUUGCAGGCCUACCAAGCCGUUCUGCUGAGAGAACAAGACGAAUGCGGGGAGAUGCUCAGAUGA